UAGUUUAUUCGAGUAAAGAAAACUCGAACAAAUAGUAUCCCUCGACAAACGAACCCUAUUUACCGGGAUGUAACGCACACAAACAAAAAGACUUCAACAUCGCACACACACUAUCACAAAUUCUCUCACUCUUUCUCCCCUUUACACUUUCGUAUCUACCCGUCUCGCUCACACGCGAGGAGGACCCGGUAAUCGAUUUUCCCUCGCAUUAUUUUUCCGACACCCCUCAUGGUAGCAACGUGGAUUCGCGUCUGCCAUUCUUGUAUUGUGAAAAUAAAAUAAUAUCGAAAAAUAAAUUCAGAAGUGCUGUGUUAAAAAAUCAUUGUGAAUAUUCUGGAAAAUAGAAACCGAUCGGUGGUGAUCGGUAUGCCGUCGUCGGUGUGAGAUGGACGGCAUACAGAUGGAGCCGAUCGGCAAGUACAAAGCCGACAGAAACGGAUCAGCUAAAGCAGCUGCCUGGCGAAACAUGGUGGAUCAAGAUCUUGACGAUGUCGCCUUUUUGGCGGAUACGGAUAAAGCGAGAGAAGCACGGGAGUUGCGUGACGCGCCGGUCGCGGUGUGUUCACAGCGCCGCGCUCUCUGCCUCACUGUGGUGUUCUUCUCCGCUAUGUUUGCAACUGCCCUCAUAGUCGUGUACGCUACACCGCAAUCAGACUGUCCAUGCGCUGGCGAGUCUACGUUAAUACCGGGACAACCACCAACGGACUCCGAAGCAAACGUGGCUGCAGCUAACAAGGAACGUAUAGCGAGUAACGGCGCGGUUUUCCCGUGGCGUGGGGCUCGUCUACCCACCUUCAUUAUACCGAAACAUUACAGUCUGUGGCUACACCCAAAUCUGACAACUGGCGAAUUACGAGGUGAAGUCUCCAUAGAUUUCAAAGUGGAUCGCGACACUUUAUUCGUGGUGCUAAACGUUCGCGAUAUGAAUGUUACGGAGCGAGCGCUGUUCAAAUCUGGAGGAUCACUCGGACCGAAAGUGGCAAAAACUUUGGACUACCCCCAGGCUGACCAGACUUAUAUCGAAUUUAAGGAGAAACUCCGUCGGAAAUACAACUACACUCUGAGCCUUCGAUUCAUCACGAAACUGGAGCGAAGUGACAAACAAAGAGGUUUCUUUUUGACAGGAACUCAUCGGCAUCGCUGUGCUGUGUCCCGCUUCUGGUUGACUCACGCUCGCUCCGCGUUCCCCUGCUUGGAUGAACCUCACUUCAGAGCCACCUUCAAAAUGACGAUAGUCAGAGACCGAUUCCACGUGUCCCUAACGAAUAUGCCAAUAGUGGCUACAGAAGAAGCUGGCUUCUAUUUAGGACAUCGAUUGCUCCAAGACGAAUUCGCGGUGACCCCACCGAUGCCACCACAUAUGACUUCGGUCGCCGUAUGCCGUCUGCAGCGACGCGCCGCCCCCACCACCACCGAUCCCAGCCCCACGCCCACGCCCACGAUGCCCACGCCCACUGAAACACCGCUGGAAGACGAAGACGUACCGCCUGAGAUCAGCUUGUAUAGUGAUCAACAAGUCAUUCUGGAUGAAUCUGGGCCUCUUCUGGAAUGGGUACAGAAAACAUUACAACACUUCUCUUAUGAGCUGAAUACAUCCUACCCACUGCCGAAAUUUGAUAUCGUGGUUGUUGAAGGCGGUAACCCUUACUCGGAAGGCUGGGGUCUGAUCACUCUGUCACCAUCGAUCCUAUCUGAUACGAAAACGAUCGCAAGACUUCUGGCACAACAGUGGUUUGGUGGGACAGUUUCCCCUCGUUGGUGGUCUUCGCAAUGGCUUCUGGAAGCCCUGACCUCAGUCUUGGCUGAGAAGGCUCCCGCGCCACCACAUAGCGACGCACAGAGACCUGCCGAUGCUUUACUCUUAGACCAUGUGCUGCCAGCUCUGAGAUUGGAUUCAAGUAACUCAGUUCGCGCUGUUGCCUCUCCAAGACUUGAGAGAGCUGAUAUAGAGGGCGCUACCGAUGAAUUAUCUUUACAUAAGGGUGCAGCAAUCGUGAGUAUGGCGAUCGAGGCAGCUGGCGAAGCCGCUGGGCGAGCAGCUCUCGCGCGAUUAUUGCGUGAUCACCGCUUUGCUAGUGCUGAUGCCAGGGACUUAUGGCGAGCUUUAGAGCGAGAUGGGUCUGAGGAUGGGUUGGGUGGCGCCGCGUGGGAUGGUUGGUGCGAGCGGCCCGGGUAUCCGCUGCUGUGUGCUACCGCUAAUGGGGAUGAUGUCGUGUUGAGGCAAGAGAGAUUCGUAAUGUCCGCCGAGCCACCGGAUCCGGAUCCUCCGAUGGUGAACUACCUCCUGACCUUGGACCUCAGAGCUGACCUAGACGAACUAUUUUAUGAACCUGAAAACUUCACGGAGAUUUCGGAUGAGGAUCUAAACGCCACCACCACAACCACGCCAGCUCCCACCACCACACGCCGCCCCACUACCACUCGCGCGCCACCACACAAAUGGGUCAUCCCAGUUACAUUUGUGGUCGGACCAGUUGAAGAAGAUGAGAAUUUUACAAUCUGGAGGAAUUUAAGUCAUCCUAUGCAUAAUUCUACUUUGUACGACUUGGGCAAUGAAACAAAAGCUCGAGUCUCGCGCUGGGCGGAGAACGUCACACAUCUAAUUUGGAUGAACGAUACAGAGAUGGUAAUACCAGAUCUCGGCAAACAUAAAUGGGUGAGAUACAACGUGGGCGCGAGGGGACUGUAUCGAGUAGCGCCGCAGGAUAAAACAGAUGGAGAGACAUUGGAGUCAGCAGCUCAGCUGUACGAGAGCGGCGCAGCGGCGGAGCGCGCCUUGUUACUGGACGACGCGUUUGUAUUGAGCCGCGCCGGACGCCUGCCCGCUAGCCGGGCAGUGGCCGCUGCAGCACGACUCAGCACUGAGACCCACUGGGCGCCCUGGCGUGUUGUCCUGAACCACUUCUCGUGGUGGCGCGAGUUGCUGCGACUCUCGUCUUCAGGUCCUCACCUCAACGACAUGCUGAAGAGCCUCCACCCGGCGAAGGUUCAGGUGUACACUACGGAACAGCUUCAAGCUGCAGGUCUUGGUGAAGAUCAAUUAUGGUUAAGCGGCGCCCUACUGACAGCGGGAGUGGAAUGGGAGAACCCCACGGUGACCAAACAAGCUGAAGACUUGUUCAACGCAUGGCAAGAGCACAACCAGACGAUACCGGAGAUAUAUCAGGAGGCCGCGUUCACAGCGGGUGUCCGUCGCGGCGGCGCGGUGGCGUGGCUCGCGUGCUGGCGCGCGCUGUCCGCGUCGUACCGCGCGCCGCGCCCGCUGCACUCGCACCGCGCGCUGCUCGCCGCGCUCGCCUCGCCCAGGGACGACUGGCUGUUCUAUAGAUUCGCAUUCUCAGUGCUGUCUACCGAAGCGCAGCGCAGUCGUGAGUGGCGACUGUGGAUCACUGCGCUGUACGCGGCUACAUGCAGAUGGCGCGGGGCAGCCGGUGUCUGGCGUGUGCUGAGACCGCAGCCUUCUCUCCCGCCCGCCGCGUUGCAGGCCGCGGCGAGAUGUCUGCAUCAACCUUAUGACUAUUAUCGAUUUAAGGAACUAUUCGGCGAAUACCGCGGUGUGUCAGCGGCUCUUGACACGAUAGCCCUCAACUCCGCCUGGGUAAUGCGAGCUGACAGCGAUCUACUACGAUACUUCAAUUCUUUGCCGCAACACUAGAUAAAAGACAAUUAAAGACUCAAAAUGUGAAAAAACCCGAAGAGCCUAUUCACCCUAUUGGGAAACUAGUGGCCAACCAACAGCCUACUGGGAAACUAGUCAACAAGUCUAUUAUGAAACUAGUGGUGUUUUACGUGUAAAAUGGGGAAGACUGUAUAUUAAUUACCAUGACACAAAAACAACUUGAAACUAUAUUGUAACAGUUAAUUUAUCAUAAAACCUGCAUUUAAUAAGUGCGACAACCAACAAAUUCGAGAAAUAAAGAAAGCCUAAUAAAACCAAAGUGAAUAACGUCAACCAAUGGGCAACCGCGAGUGAAGAAAAGGAUAUUAUUAUGUAGAAAACAUUCGUCAUUUCGAUAUUUUUGUG